AUGGACGCCGACCCUUCAGAUCCGCAGAGGCGCAGGCUUCACAAGAAGCCCCGAUCCGUCGCCAACAUGACCCAAGAGCAGCGAGAAAGGAAGAGAGAGAAUGAUAGAGUAGCUCAGCGCGCGAUCCGCGAAAAGACGAAGCAGAAGAUUACCCAGCUCGAAGGCAUCAUUGAUCAGCUAAAGAACUCGGACCACAACAAGGAGUUGCAGGCCGCCAUCCAAGCCAGGAGGCCGUCGAGGCGGAAAAUGCCGACAUCAAGCGGCAGCUGGCCGGCAUCACCUCGACUCUGCAGCAUCUCAUCUCCCCUCCACAAGGUCGAGGGCGAGCACGCCUAUGCCUCCCCGCAAGCCAGGGCUAUCACCCUUCUCAGCCCCUCCCACCGCCCGCCCCGUCCACCAUCGCCUCGACCCCUUCGAGCAUCAUGUCGCCCGGCGCCAGUGCCGAUACAGCCUCGAACCGUGCCCAUGGCAGUAGCAGCGCGCAUACCCAACCGAAUGCGCAUGCGCACGACAGUCACCAUACGACGUCGCAUCGACCUCAGCUUUCUCGUCUCCCGGCCCUAUAGUGUCCCCGAGUUCCUAUCCAUAAGUGGGGACAAGAGUAGUGGCUACGGUUCACUAUCCGAACCCCUCACCGCCAGGCAUCAUCAGGCAGUUAGCCAGGUUCCGCGACCGCUAACUGUCCACAGCCCUAUGAGCGCAAGCCAGACCUACCCGUCGCAAUCGACCGCCACAUGGGCUAGCUCUCACGCUCCCCGCACUUACCCUCCGCCGACCGACUCCUACCGCCUCCCGGGGCCUGACCAUUCAACGCCCGUUUAUGCCACGCCGAUCAAGAACAACGAGACGACCUGUUUGUUGGACGACAUUCUGUUAAAGUUUCUCAAAGAACGACACGAUCUCAUCGCCCAGGGUCAGCCGAAAGAGGAGGUUGUCGGCCCAAAAUAUCCGUCCGUAUCGUCGCUCCUGAACAAGGACACGACGGCGGACCACCCACUAUCGAGCCUAUUCACCGCCAUCAUUGGGACAUUCCCAGAUCUCUGUAGGCUGCCUGAACAGCUCGCGGUCAUCUACAUGAUGUUCCUGCUCAUGCGGUGGCAAGUUGAGCCCUCCCAAGAAAACUAUGAACGCCUCCCACUGUGGUUGCAACCUCUUCCGGCCCAGGUCACAGUCCCGCACCCGGCCUGGCUCGACCACGUCCCCUGGCCGGGCAUGCGGGAGCACAUGGUUCGGAACUACCAGAACUACCCUCUCGAAAACUACUUCAUCCCCUACACCUCGACGAUAUCCUGCAACUGGCCCUACGACGACAUCUACGUCCUCAUCCGGAGCCCGGAGACCGACGAAAUCACCAUCAACCCGGUUUUUGACCAGCACGUUCGCAACCUGGACAAUUGGACUUUGGGAGAGGCCUUUAGCCAAAAGUUUCCCGAGCUCAACGGCACGUAUAAAUACAGAAAUCGUCCGAAACAUCCGUAA